AUGAAAAACCUGCCUGAGCUUCCGGGCGUGCCUAUCUCCAGGAGUCUGCUUCUCCUGGGCAAACACCACGAGAGGAACUGCGCCAGGCUAGCCAAGACAUAUGGCGACGUCUUCCAAGUCGUCUGCCGAACCGCUCAAGGAACUGUGGACCAAGAAUCGAUCAGCACUGAUCUCGCGGCCCAAGACGUGGUCUCCGAGACUCAGGGCGUGUACACGCUCGGCACGUCGCCGUGGAAUGAGUCCGUCAAGAGGGUCCGCAAAGCCGCUGCCACAGCCCUGAAUAGACAGGCCGUCCAGACGUACUUACCGUUCAUCGACCUCGAGUCCACAAGCAGCCUGAACGAGCUGGCUCAGCAGGCGAAGCGAGGUUCCGACAUCGACCCUAACGGGUAUCUCCAGCGGUUCUCGCUCAACAUCAGCUUGACGCUCAACUAUGGGAUCCGGAUCCAGGGCGGCGUGCACGAUCAGACGCUGAACGGGGUGGUUGCCGUGUGGAGAGAGCUCGCGAACAUCCGCGGCGUCGCGCACGGCUGGCAGGACAAUAUCCUUCUGUUGCGACUGUGGCCGGGAUACAAGAAGAACGCGAUCCGCUUCCGAGCCCGACGGGAUGAGUAUAUCUUGCGCUUCUUUGAUGCUCUCAAGGAACGCAUCGCGGCUGGGGCGGCCCACCCGUGCAUUGCGGGUAAUGUGCUCAAGGAUCCAGAGGCGAGGCUGGCUGAAAGUUAG